UUCACCUGUUGUCAGGACCAUCGCUAUACAAAGUGAGAAUGCUACUACGUGCUGCGGUCGGUGCUAUAUUUCUGCUAGCCGAGCUACUAUUUAGCUCCCAGGUUCACCACAACUCUUUAGUUUUGGGUGAACGCGUCACGGAAAUACCGGAAGAUGUGUCAGUCGGUAGCACGGUGGUGCGGCUGAGAGAUUUUCCUGUUGUCGCCAGUUCUGCAGACGACGCCAACGGUACGUGUUGGUCUGUCAACAUCACCACGGGGGACGAUUGGGGACGGUUUGGGGUUCGUGCCGAGGACUUGGUGCUGGUCGUAGCGGCUCCGCUGGACUACAGGACACACUCACGGUACAACCUGACAGUGGAGCUGACAAACACCGGGAACAACAAUGUCUUGUACGUAACCCUCGUUAUCGUAGUCAUAGACGUGCCUGAAUACCCGCCAUUCUAUAACAAACGGUGUGAAACGCCAGUCCUUCCGGAUAAAGACAGGGACGGGGACUAUACCCAAGUAAUCAGUAGUGACGGACAUUUGUUUUCAAUUGACGGAAAGAUACUUGGGUCGUACGAAGACUUUCUUCAAAACUUGCAGAGAAACAGAGCCGCUAACUUUGUCUUCAAUUUCAAAGGCGAAUGUUCCGCCAGGUUUGUCGCUAGGUCUAGAAGCCUAGCUGCGCUAGGUCUAGGAAACUAUGCCCUACUCUCCUCCAAAGCGCAUCACCAAGGACGAGUCGAACUUGAAUGUCGCAGCCGAGAGCGGAAGUCUAAAGGGAGGAUUACUAUAUUGGAUACCACUCUCGAUAACGACUUGCCUCAGUGGGUAAGAAGUGGCAACUUCAAGAUAGACGAAAAUGACCGCUAUAUAUUUGCAGGAGAGUUGAACGAAAUGUGGGCCACGUCAUCGAACUGGUUUCGAUGUGGCGCCAAUUUCCUGCUCCAAAGCGGGCCAGUUCUGUUUGAGUGGACAUUUCAGUACAACAUUACAGGAUGUCCUGAGGGCCGGUACGGUCUGUACUGUGACAAGGACUGUGUUUGUAAGAACGGCGCCCGCUGUCAUGGCUUUAACGGUGCCUGUAAGUGCCACCCGGGCUGGAGAGGGAGGGCCUGUGAUAUUCCCUGGCCUGGAGUUGUCAUCGUAGAGACACCUGGCGAUUCAGUCGUGAAGUACAUCGGUACCAAUCUAACUUUGACAUGCCUGGCUCCACAUAUCAUCGUGGCAAAUAUGACAUGGGCCUAUCAAACAGGAAAAGUCAUCGCAGAAGGGGGGACAGUCAAAAACAGUUCUAUCAGCUUCCAGCCGAUCCUAGAGUCAGCUAACGGCAAAUAUAGCUGUAUGGUACAGGCUGAACAUGGUCAACUUUUCAAUGCGACUUUCAUACUAAACGCUAGCCAAUGUCGACCUAACUAUCAUGGGGAAAAUUGCAGCCAAGUGUGUGACUGUGAGUACGGAGGGACGUGUGACAGGUGGGCGGGGUGUCUGUGUCCUCCCGGCCGUCGUGGAGACAGGUGUGAGCACAUCUGCGCACCUGGCACAUUCGGGAGGGACUGCAGACUGAGGUGUUACUGUGAAAACAACGCCUUGUGUGAUCCAGUCAAUGGCAGCUGUAUUUGUGCUGAAGGACAGUCAGGCGAGUUUUGCCAGAAUACCCCAAGGCCUGAGAAGAAUCAAGUCGUAGUUGUAGUGUUGUCGUCUGUUAUCCCGACUAUUGUUCUUAUCGCCUGCAUCGUUACUGGAGUCCUGGUGAAACGGAGUCGCCGAAGCCAAAGACCAGAACAGCCAACAGCGGACUUGGAAAUGACACCAUUCAUAGAAACCCUUUCAUCAUGGGAAAUAGAUAGAGAGGACAUCCACCUUGAACACAUGAUCGGGGAAGGAGAGUUCGGUCAUGUCGUACGGGCAAGACUGCACGUACCGGAUUUGGGCUACGAGGUCCUGGUCGCGGCUAAAACUAUCCGUCCUGACCGCAUGACGGCGUCUGCUGUCCGCGACUUUCGCCGCGAAAUGGACAUUCUCGCGAGAAUCCACGAGGACAAAGAGGGACACCCGAAUGUGGUGAAGCUUUAUGGAUUUCUGACGAAGUCGGAGCCUCAGUACAUCCUGGUAGAGUACGCGAGCAAUGAAGAACUCCGCCGGUAUCUGUGGAGUUUGCGGGAACAAUACAAGAUCACGGGGGAUAGGAAAAUGUUAGAGCGUCUCGGUUUCGCUUGUGACGUGGCCUGUGGGUUAGCAGAGCUGGCACGUUUGAAGAUCGUGCACCGAGACAUCGCCGCUCGUAACGUCGUCAUCAGUGACAGGAUGGUGGCUAAGAUCUCGGAUUUCGGACUAUCGCGUGACGUCUACGUGUCAUCGGCGUACAAACGCACGAACCAGGGCGGGGAGGAGGAGCUGUUGCCGCUGAAGUGGAUGGCCGUGGAGUCGUUACGGGACGGAGUGUACACGUGUGAGAGUGACGUGUGGUCGUACGGCGUGCUGCUGUGGGAGAUCGCUAGUUUUGGGGAGGAGCCGCGCUACGCUGGAGGCCCCAUGCACCCGGACGUCUGCACACUGUUGGAGCUGCUGAAGAAAGGCGUCCGUCUGCAGCAGCCGGAGAACUGUCCGCUGCCGGUGUACCGCAUCAUCAGGUCCUGCUGGAUAGUAGACCCCUCCAAGCGGCCGUCGGCCGACGAGCUGCUACGGAAGAUUGACCUGCUGAAGCCGCAGAGACAGGCUGCACACCCGGGCAACCACAUUCCAUAAGGUGUUCUCUUAAACUUAUAUAUGCUCUACAUAAUUGUUUUCAUAUAUUAAGGAAAUUGUAAUAGAACUUAUUAUA